AUGUCAAAACUAUUAUCACUUAUUCUUCAACCUGUUGGUAUUGGAUUUAUUGUUUUAGGAUUUUCAUUAGAUCGUUGGGGAUGUGGUAGAUUAUUAGAUUCUUGUUUACGUAAUUAUAAAACUACUACAAUAAUGUUAAUGUUAUUCUUAAUAAUUGGUAUGUCAUUUUUAAUUGUUGCAUUUUCACUUGAUUUAGCAACAAUUAUCUCUUCAUCUUUGGAUGUAAAUCCAACAUUCACCUCUAUUAAAUUAAUUUUAUCACUUGUUGGUUUAACUGGAAUAUUUUCUGGUAUUCUUCUUUAUGCUAUUAAAAUAGAUCGUGAUUAUUCCCAACUAAUAUGUGUUAUUGGUAUUGUAUUAGCUUGUCAAGUUGCUUUACUUAAUUUAUUUUUAUAUCCAUGUUUUUUUGAGAAAAAACCUAAAGUAGUAGUAGCAACAGUUAAGUAAAUCAAUAUAUAUAUGAAUUAAUACUUACUGUUAGUUACUACCCUAUCCCCACCCCACCCCCAACUCUUUUGUAAGUUAGAUUAUAUUUCAUUCCAGUAUUUAAAUCUUGUUGUUUGAAUUUAUUCCCGUAAAUAUGUUUGUCGAUUUACUGUCUAUUCCCAUUAACAUUUUUUUUGAUUUUUAGAUGGAUAACAGAUCAAUAACAUUCUUCAUUGAUGUUAAUUUAACCUACAACAUAAAUAUUACUAUAGUUGA